GUAUUAAAAUGGCCAAAUGAGUCAACUCGGGUGAGUGCAGAUCUUGAGAACAACUCAGAAAUGGUCAUCGAAGGCUAUGAAAUUCUCAAAUCAACCCCUGACUUCCUUCCAAUUCAAGGUUCUUGAUGCCAGUUUCUCGUCCGGACGUUAAUGGUCCAAAAAACUUUCAAUCACAUCCCGAAACAAUUCUUAGAGGUUUGAUUGAACGAAAAUUCCCAUAGAAUUUUGAGUGGAUUCCGAGAUGGCGAAAGCCGAAAAUUCUAAGUCCACCGUACCGCCUUACGCCAAAAUUCACCCGUCAAACGAGUCUGAAGUCGAUCCCAAUUCAUAUUCGUUCGAGAAAUUCAGGCUCUACGAGACCAGAGCGAGAUUUUAUUUAGUUGGGAGUGAUAGGAACAAGAGAUAUUUCCGGGUGUUGAAGAUUGAUCGUUCUGAGCCAUCUGAUCUCAAUAUUAGUGAAGAUCCAGUGGUAUAUUCACCUCAGGAAAUCAAGAACUUACUUCAGCGAAUUGCUGAAGGUAAUCGAGCUACAGGAGGCUUAACCUUUGUGGCCAAGGUUUUUGGGAUAGCUGGUUGCAUUAAGUUUCUGGAGUCGUAUUACUUGAUUCUGGUGACAAAGCGACGUCAAAUUGGAUGCAUAUGUGGUCAUGCAAUAUAUGCUAUCGAUGAAAGUCAGUUGAUCACAAUUCCACAUGUUUCAAUUCAAACUGAUGUUGCACAUUCGAAAACUGAGUUAAGGUAUUUCCUUCCCUCGGAUUGGCUUGCCUAUGGUUGUUUAGUGUUUACAUUUUUUGCUUUCUUCUGA